UGGCUCAUAUUAAGCUCUCCUUCCCACCCCCCUCCUGCUGACUCCAGGCAGGCAACGCUAAGCUUCUCCUUGAGAGCCUUCUUAUUUUUAGUUCCUUCUCUUUUGUGUCUGCCUCCCUUUGGACAGCCUUCCUCGAGGCUCCUUCAGAGCCAGCGAAUCAUCCCUUUUGCAGCAAAGACCUGCUUGAUUUCUGACUGCGCUCCCUGUCAAAGGCUGGGAGAGGCUCUGAUCUUUCUGGGGAUGCUGCUCUGAGCAAGUGGGCUGUGUGUUUGUGUGAGAGCGGCAUGUGCUCACGAGCGACUGGAGGAGACAAAGCUGGAAGCCGUGAGGGACAACAAUCUGGAGCUGGUCCAGGAGAUACUCAAAGACAUCACUCGCAUCGCUCAGCAAGACAGCACAGCCGCCGAACUGGCUCGCAUCCUCCAGGAGCCCCACUUCCAGUCCCUCUUGGAAACCCACGAUUCCGUUGCCUCCAAGAGCUACGAGACGCCACCACCCAGUCCAGUCCUGGACCCCAUGUUCAACAACCAGCCGGUGCCACCAGAUGCCGUGCGCAUGGUGGGGAUUCGUAAGACUGCUGGGGAGCACCUGGGUGUGACGUUCCGGGUGGAGCGUGGCGAGCUUGUCAUUGCCCGCAUCCUGCAUGGUGGCAUGAUUGACCAGCAGGGGCUGCUGCAUGUGGGUGACAUCAUCAAGGAGGUGAAUGGGCAGGAGGUGGGCAGUGACCCGCGGGCAUUGCAAGAGGUGCUGAAAAACGCCAGCGGAAGCGUCGUACUCAAGAUCCUGCCCAGUUACCAGGAGCCACACCCACCUCGCCAGGUGUUUGUGAAGGCCCACUUUGACUAUGACCCAGCCUCCGACAACCUCAUUCCAUGUAAGGAAGCCGGGCUGAAGUUCAUUGCCGGAGACCUCCUCCAGAUCGUCAACCAAGAUGACCCCAACUGGUGGCAGGCCUGCCACGUGGAAGGCGGCAGUGCUGGUCUGAUCCCAAGCCAGCUGCUGGAGGAGAAACGCAAGGCCUUUGUGAAGCGAGACCUCGAAGUCACUCCCUCAUCAGGUGCCUUGUGUGGAAGCCUCAGCGGCAAGAAGAAGAAGAGGAUGAUGUAUCUGACCACAAAAAAUGCAGAGUUUGACCGGCACGAGCUGCUGAUCUAUGAGGAAGUGGCUCGCAUGCCUCCGUUCCGCAGAAAAACCUUGGUGCUGAUCGGGGCUCAGGGGGUCGGCCGGCGCAGUCUUAAGAACAAGCUCAUCAUGUCUGACCAGUCACAGUAUGGAACCACCAUCCCAUAUACUUCACGGAGACCCAAGGAGCAUGAGAAGACCGGGCAGGUGUACUGCUUUGUGACCAGGAGUGAGAUGGAGGGAGACAUCAAAGCAGGCCGCUACCUGGAACACGGCGAGUAUGAAGGGAACCUCUAUGGGACCAAGAUUGACUCCAUCCAUGAAGUCGUAGAGUCAGGCAAGAUGUGCAUUCUGGAUGUGAACCCCCAGGCUGUGAAAGUUUUGAGGACAGCGGAGUUCGUCCCCUACGUGGUGUUCAUUGAGGCACCGGAUUUUGAAACCCUUCGAGCCAUGAACAAGGCAGCGCUGGAGAACGGUGUGGCAACCAAGCAGCUUGCGGAUGCCGACCUGAAGCGGACGGUUGACGAGAGCUGCCGGAUCCAGCGGGGCUACGGUCACUACUUUGACCUCUGCUUGGUCAACGACAACAUGGAGCAGACAUUCCAGCAGCUGCAGGAAGCCUUGGAGAAGUUGCACAGCGAACCGCAAUGGGUCCCCGUCAGCUGGGUCUACUAGAGGGACGCCCUGCCUCUCCUCCUCCUCCUCCUCCCCACAGCCUCAAGAGUGUCGGCUUUGUCCUCCUCACAUGGCCAAGAAUCCCAGAUCUCUUAACCUGCAGCACCCAGCACAUGCCUGCCUCCCUUGACUUCUUUCUCCUUUUCCCAAGCACCGGGCACCACCUGAAUAGCCCAGGCAAAUCAGGCGCAACAAAAAAGUUGGCUUUAUUAGAUUCAAAAAGCAAAGGUGCUUCGUUGACGGUCCGGCCCUAGAUCACCUCCAACCAGCCAAGAACUCUGCCACAGAUGUGGGGGCCCUGCUCUCCCCCACCUUCUCCCCACUGCUGGCAACGAAGGAAGAAUUCAUCUCAUGGCGGACGUGGGGGUUGGUCAGAGGGGUCGAGCCAGGCUACCAGUUACCCACAAUGCCUUGCCCCGUCGGCUCCACCCAAUUGUGUCCGGCUCCUCUGAUUGGGUCAGGCGGAAGAGGGGUGGGCGGGAACACAACGCCUCUCCAGUCACAGCUAACUCACUGCCAAAAUCACUGCUUUGUCGAUGGACCGCAAUCUCAAUAUUGCCAAAAGAACUGGUAGCCUGGGGUGUUGCCCCUUCCCGCCCCCUUGCCCCCACCGAACAUACCACCCUGAGUAGAUUGGAGGAGGGGAGUGGCGAAUGCCUUGCCAACCUUGGUCAGCACGAGAUUUUGCGGGGUGUUGGAAAAACGGCAGAGGGAUGCCUAAAAGGUUUGUAAGCAAGGCAAGGAAGGAUGUGAUGCAAGAUAGCCAGGUGGUGGGGACUUUGCACUUGGACUUGUUCCCCUGGGCCGUGGUGGCUGGUGGCUGAACGAGAUCCUUCGGCCUCAGUUUAGCUGUCUGUAAAAUGGGGCUAUUUAAUAUGGUUUGUUUUUGUUUUA